CCUCCCGUUCUCUCCCUCGCUAUCGCUCACCCUCCCGAAACCCUCGCUCUCUCCCUUUCUAGUUCAAAACCCUAGGCGGCGGCGCACUCUCGCCCUCCUCUCUCGUCUCUCCACUCCGACCGCCCCAUCUCUUCUUCCUCCUGCUCUCACCUCACGCGGCGGCAUGGAAGAGGGCGUGGGGUGACCUACUGCUUGUUGGAGUAGGAGGGAGGCGGCUGGGCUUCUGGAGGGCGACCCCGACCAGGCGACCAGGACCUCCGGCGACCACGACCAGGACCUCCGGCCACCACUACCACGACCUCCGGCGACCAGGAUCUGACUCAGAUCGACGACCAGAACCACCACCACUCUGAUCCACCUCGGAUCCAAAGGAAAUGGAGAACCAACAAGUUGGAAAUCACGGUCUUCAUUGGACAUCCUCAAUGUCCACCUAUAUGCUUACUCACUUUACCAACGUCGUGGCUAAUGGCACUAAGACAUCAACAUGCUUUAAGACGGUGCAUCACAAUGCAUGUGCUAGAGAUUUAAAUGAUCAUUUCAGGCUUUGUUUGACUGGAGGGCAGAUUGCCAACCAUCUGCGCUAUUGGAAGAAGUGGGCAAAGAUAAUUAGACUUAAAAAUUCCCUAAGUGGUGCACUUUGGGAUGAAGUUAACUUUAUUAUUGGACUUGAUCAUGAGCACUAUACUGAGCAUAUUAAGACACACAAGGGAGAUGUUGAGUUCCUAAACAAACCCAUAGAGCACUACACUGAGAUGGCUGCGAUAUUUGGUAACAGUUUGGCUACCGGACAGUACGCCAAAGGAUCAAAUGAACUUCUAGCGAAAGAUGCUCUAGAAAUUGAUGAUGAUAUUGUUGAUGAGGAUGCUCCAGCUACACCAACUACUCCAGCUACUCCAUCUUCAACUGUCCGUGACCCCUCGGUCCCCAAAGCAGCAAAGAAAGCAAAAACUUCUGCACAACAAAGCAAUGAUAAGCUGAUGGCAACAUUCACGGCUGUUGGUGAUAAGAUUGCUAAUGCUAUAGUUGCAGCUGGUAAGUCCGAUGAUGAGUUGCCUGCUGGACUUUGGAACAACAUCAAAGACAUUCCUGGUUUCCAACCGGCACAUCUUUCUCACUACUAUGCGCAUUUGGUUGAGAAUGUUCGAAUUGCACGUGCUUUCCACUCACUGGACUUUGACAACAAGCUGAUCUGGGUUGCUAGGUAUGUUGCCACUACCUUUGGAUGCUGAAGGCCAAGACUUAGGUUGACCGUAUGACCUCUUUUGCUUGUCACAUAUAUAUAGUUAAUUGUGGCAAACUCCUAACAGGCUUGUGUGCUUUUGGUUCCAGCCAGAGGCAUUGAACUCCACUCUAUUAUGUAUCGUUCUGUACUAUGGCUUUUGUUUUGAGCCAAUGACAUUCAGUUUGUAUGUACUAGGUUCUAGACUGUGGCAUGUAUUGCCUCCUGAACUAUGACUAUGGCAUAUUUUGCUUCCAAUACUAAUAUGUGAAGCAAUUACCAAGGAUUGCCAUGAAA